AGUCAGGCUGCAGGAGGGCGUGUAUGACGCGUGGAGUGACGUCAUCAUACUUUCCUGUGGCCAUUCAGCAGCAGCGCCGCGCACUAAACCGCAGUUUUCCUCAUAAUAUCGCGUUUAAUUUAUAUUUUCCCCGCGUUGCCUUUUCUUUCUUGUUUAUAACGCACACAGCCUGCAAGGUGUCCUGUCCAUCGGUAGAGGUUCGACACAGAUUAGCUGGCUCUGGGCUUUUCUCUCUCAACAGUGGAGAACAUCGCAGACAUCCAGCCAACUCUCUGUUGGGAAAAAGCCUGAGGGCGCUGUGGGAUACGGUUUUGUGAUUGACCCGCACAGGAGAGAAGAAGUGAAACAGCUAUAAAGUGAAACUCAAGCAUGGGGAAGCAGAACAGCAAGCUGCGACCGGAGGUGAUGCAGGACCUACUGGAGAGCACAGAUUUCACCGAGCACGAGAUCCAGGAGUGGUACAAGGGCUUCUUGCGGGACUGCCCCAGUGGCCACCUAUCUAUGGACGAGUUCAAGAAGAUCUAUGGCAACUUCUUUCCCUACGGAGAUGCCUCCAAAUUUGCUGAGCACGUGUUCCGCACCUUCGACGCCAAUGGCGACGGAACUAUAGACUUUAGGGAGUUUAUCAUUGCGCUCAGCGUCACGUCACGAGGAAAGCUGGAGCAGAAGUUGAAAUGGGCUUUCAGCAUGUAUGAUCUGGAUGGGAAUGGAUAUAUCAGUAAGGCAGAGAUGCUGGAAAUCGUGCAGGCUAUUUAUAAAAUGGUUUCGUCAGUAAUGAAGAUGCCAGAGGAUGAGUCUACACCAGAGAAAAGAACAGAAAAGAUCUUUAGACAGAUGGACACCAACCGAGAUGGUAAACUGUCUCUGGAGGAGUUCAUUAAGGGAGCGAAGAGUGAUCCGUCCAUCGUGCGUCUGUUGCAGUGUGACCCCAGCAGUGCAGGACAGUUCUAAAAGCAGCAUCCACCACUUUCUCCUCCUCCAUUUUAUUUAUUUAUGGUUUUUAUUUCAGUCUUUGAUACCAUAAUACCAGGACAUGACGGGGCCUAUUUAAACGGGUCUGUAUUGCAUCAAACUGAGCUUCACCAGAUAUAGGCAAGACACACACACACACAAGAGAAACCCUCUCUCUCUCUCUCACACACAGCCCUCUCUGUCACACACAUCACACACCUUUACGUACUAUGCUCUCUCUGUGAGGCUUUCUGAUCUGAAUUAGGGGAUAUCUCUGGACUCAGGCAUGUAACUUGGACUGCCUGAUAGAAGCUCAUGUUUUAUUCAUGCAUCAGGAGGAGUUUAGAUAUUUUGCUCAAAUAACAUUUGUACAGGAGAUUGAUAGCUUGAUGUUGCAUAAUGGGGAAUGAAGCACUGGAAGAAGAGGUUUGGGGCCCUACUUGUGUUCUUUAUUUUAAAAGGACAGCUUGACUGCACUGUCAAGUGUCCAACAGUAUUGCUACGAGAAGACACAGCUAUAUGUUUCUCACCCUUAGUUUUUGACCAGUAGUGAUUAACAACACAUCCUCACAAGAUGCCUUGUUACGUGAUUCAGUACUAGCACCAAACAAACCCAUGCAGUUAUAUAGAUUGGUAGUGUAGUUAGUUUUUUGCCUUUUUUUUGUAUGUUUGUUUUUUAAUAGGUCAACUCGUUUGUAACAUCAUGCAGUACCACACUGCUUUUACUCUCCUGACCUACAACAUGGUGUGGGACUUGGAGGUUUUUUGUUUUGUCCCCCCCCCGAUUUAGUAUUGGCUUGCCUGAGAUGUUCUGGAUCAUCACUCUGGAUAUGCACAUAUUCUUGGCAGAGCCGUACAAUUUGGUUUAGCUUUUUAAUGUUUCGGAGGAAGUUCAUUCCCAGUAGUGACUGUUCCAGUAUCUACCCAUUUUAUUAUUAGCGUAUCAGUGUUAUUAGACCUGACAACCAGUAUGUCAACAUUAUUGUGCAGUAUGUACAACACUACACUUUCCCCCAAAUCCCAAUAAACAUAUAACGUUUAGAAGUGCACACAUUAUUCUCCCUUGUGCUGUACUGCCUGAAGGAAAUGAAAUGAAGAAUUGUGGGACUUUUCUCUACUUCAAUAGGUCUGUAUAGCCUGUGUAUUCUUUUUUUUUUUUUUUCCCAAAUAGGAAAACAGGCAUGCAUGCAGAACUGUCACAUGACUAUUUUAAGAUGCAACAUCCUCUUGUUUUUAGUGUUUUCAGUGGAGCAUGUUAAAUAAAUUUUUAACUGUAUAUGGAAGAGAAACUUUGUGUUACGUGUAUGCAUGCUGGUUUGUGUGUGUAUGUGUGUGGCUAUAGUGUGUCCUGGUAUUGUUUGCUCACACUGUUCUCGGUGGUGUGUCGCUUGGUCCCAGAGAGCCUGUGAGCAGCCACAACUCUGAUAUUUACAAUAGAAGACCUGAAGAUUUAUUGAUUUAAAAGUUAGUAUAUGUACAUUGUAAAUCUAGUAUGAACUGUAGGUUGUAGGUAUGUAGACAUUGUCAGGUUACUGCCACACACAUACAUGUGCAAAUAGUUAUGUGUUUCAAUGGAUAACUGCUUUACCGUUGCCAUGUUGCUUUUUUUUCUUUUCUUUUCUUUUCUUUUUUUACACUAAUGUAAAUGCCUGUAAUGUUAAAACCUAAUUUAGAAUUAGCCUCCUACUACUGGAAGAGUGCAGAACAAAUUGUCAGGGUCCAAUUUCCCAAAAGCAUAAUGGUGUUCAAAUCAGUUCAUUCAUGAUGGAAAAGAUGUUUGUUUUGUUUUGUUUUGUUUUUUAUUGAACUUGGUACAUUUAAAAUGAAUGUGAUGUAUUAGACAGUGGUUAGACAGCUGCUCUGGAAAAAUUUAGUGGCAUAACCUGCCUGUAUUCCUUAAGGUUUAACAACAUAGGAUCUGAUCUCAGUGACUCCAUUACUUCACCAUUAGACAAAUGAGUUGUUAUCGUACAGUUUUAAAAUCAGAUACAGUUUGAAAACGAGAUAUCCACUUCACUUGUAUAGUUCCUGUCGUGCUUUCAGUGUGCAUGAUACACAUUGGAGCUCCAGAUGCAUUCUGUUGCUGCUGCUGUUUAUUGUAAGUUUUGAAUGUUAUCGGAUACCACUGCAAAUUGUUAAAUGCCUUACUGCAGUGAUUCUCAAUUACAGUCUUGGGAACACCACGUUCUUCACAUUUGAGUUUUCCUGCUUUAACACACCUGAAUCAGCUUAUAAAGGACUUUGAUUUGGUUUAGUUGUAUUCGAGCUGGUGCUUCACAAAUAUGUGCAGAACGUGAGGUUGUCCAGAACUGCAGCUGAGAUCUACUGCCUUGACUUUAGUACUGCUAUAUUUUUCAUUUGAUAAAUUUGCUUUCCUCCCCUCCCCUUUAUAAAACUGCUGUUUUGUAAAGUUGGAAAAUGUUCAAACAUCACAACUACUGCAUCAAUUUACUCAAUGGUGUAUGCAUAUGUUUCAUUUUGUAUUUCUUCUUUUUAAGAAUCACGCAUUUCUAGAUCACCGUUUAUAUCAUGUGUUUAGGUGCCAAAUAUACAGAACCAGUAUUGUAUAAAUUUAUACUGUACAAUGAUUUGUCGAACAGAAUGUUUGUAUUUGUUGCAGUUUGUUUUUUGUUUGGUAGAUUUUGUAUGGUAAUCUGUAUUUGUGGCAACGUCAACUUGAGGUAUAGAAAUCUGUUUUAGUUAUACAAUAAAGCAAAAAUUAAAUUUAGGAAAUGAA